AUGGAGACGCUCCUCGGCGUCGUCUCGCCUCUCGACAAGCGCACCAAGGCUGCGUCGAUCGAGCUGCGUCGUCGCGAGGAGGCAUCGCGUCUGGACCACACCUCGACGUCGGGAGAACUCGAGGAGGAGGCCCAGUACGACGACGACAGGGUUGACAACCUGAAGUUCACGGGUGCCUUUGCCAAGGCUAAGAACAACAUUAGCGCUGGUGUUGAGCGUACCGUGUGGGACUUUAGGACCGACGCCGAGGUUACCGCCGACCGCAAGGCGGCCGUCGCCGAGGCCGAGGACAGGGCUGUCCGCAAGGCUGAGCUCGAGAAGAACCCCAAGGCCAAGCGCCCCGAGCCUCCUUCGACGACUGCGUCGAUCGGCAAGACGGUGUACCGCUUUGUUGACACGUCGGCCAAGAGCAGCAAGUAG